GCCCGCGAGGGGCCGCUCCGGGGCUGCCGGGCCCCGCUGCCGCCCGUCCGGGGCUCGACGGGCACGGGACGCGCUCCUGCCCCGCCGGAGGCGGAGAGAGGGAGAGGAGGAGGAGGAGGAGAGACAGGGGGAGAGGAGAGCUGAUGCCUGACGAGUCACUCGGCGGAGGCAGAGCGGGCGGUACCACAACUUCCCGGCGGCGCGGAGCGGCGCGGAGCAGCGCGGCGGGGAUCGGAGCUCGCCGGCCGGAUCGCUCCCAUGUCAGCGCGGCGGCGGGGGACUGCGCUCCGCUAGCGACCAACCGCCGGCCAACCCCCUCCUCGCCCAGCGAUGUAUUCACUGCUCUCAGCCUGCACUUGCCUAUGUUUACAUUUCCUGCUGCUGUGCUUUCAGGUACAGAUGUUUGCUGCUGAGGAGAAUGUGGAUUUUCGGAUACACGUGGAGAACCAGACGCGGGCGAGGGACGAUGUGAGCAGGAAGCAGCUCCGGCUCUAUCAGCUCUACAGCAGGACAAGUGGGAAGCACAUCCAAGUGCUCGGCAGGAGGAUCAGUGCCAAAGGAGAAGAUGGAGAUAAAUAUGCCCAGCUUCUAGUGGAAACAGACACUUUUGGAAGUCAAGUCCGGAUCAAAGGGAAGGAGACAGAUUUCUACCUUUGCAUGAACAGGAAAGGCAAGCUAGUGGGGAAGCCUGAUGGCACCAGUAAGGAGUGUGUCUUCAUUGAAAAAGUCCUAGAAAACAACUACACGGCACUGAUGUCUGCAAAAUAUUCAGGCUGGUAUGUUGGAUUCACCAAAAAAGGGAGGCCACGGAAAGGGCCCAAGACCCGGGAAAAUCAGCAAGAUGUACACUUUAUGAAGAGAUACCCAAAGGGGCAAAUGGAGAUACAGAAACCUUUCAAGUACACAACAGUCACCAAGAGGACUAAGAGAAUACGACCCACCAACCCCAGCUAAAACCAGACAAAUAUAGUGUCACAAUAAGAAACCACAAAAAGAAAAAAAAAAACUGCACCAGAGGAAUAUUUUUACAUUAAAAAUAAGGAAGAAGCUCUAUUUUUGUACAUUGUGUUUAAAAAAAAUAAAAAUAAAAAAAAUUAAUAAAAGACUAGAUGGCAAAUGCUGGGGAAAGCUGUUCGGGAUUUAUUGUGACUUGAAAAAUGAAAUUAACUGCUCUAUUUAAAUUGACUUCUUGUUGUUGAUGACACACAGGUGCUUCUUUUGCUUUUUUUGGAAAGGACAACUUUUCAAGCAUAUCCCCAGAGGGAAAAAAAUUAUUAAAAAUAAAGAAAUAAAACCAAAGAAAACCAAAGUUCUUUCCCAAAGUUACUGAGACCCUGCCCCGCCAAGUGCCGGUUGCAGUAAUUAUUUAUUGCCUGCUGCCCGCCGGCCAGGACAGGCGGCGGCUGCAGGGACGAGCCCGUGGAGCUCUCGGCGCACCGACCCUCUGUAACCCUCCUGACGACAUUGGGAGUCACGGCUCCGUGAUCCUGCAUCCCGCUCACUUCUGGAGAAUGCUGCUAACUACAUUCAAGUGACUACAAGAUGACCUAGUACACCAAUGAUAAGGGAAUAUUUUAAAACCAGCUAUAUUAUAUAUAUUAUAUAUAUAUAAGCUAUUUAUUUCACCUCUCUGUAUAUUGCAGUUCCAUGAACCAAGUAUUACUGCCUCAACAAUUAAAAAAAAUUAUUU